GAUAUUUUUCUCCACGCACCAAUAUUCAAAUGUAUCUGGCCAUCAAGCUCUUUCCCCGUCGUCAGGAUCACACCUUUGCAUUGCUCGCAUUGUUUUACAGACGUGACCAACCGAAUCCAACUGUACCUUGUAUUGCAAAGUCCUUUGGGACUGCAAAUCUUCAUAUCUCCACAACAAGGUUUCUUUUGAAUAUUCCGAAUUUUCCGGCUAACAGUCUUACUGGCGUCAGACGUGGACAAGUUGCUUGCGAUGGUCCUAAUUUGCCAGACUAUCAACUCGCUAUUCCUACCAACUUACUGUUUGAUGGUGUUCCUACUGGCAUACCAAAUGGAACACCUAAUAAUUUCUUCAUAGAUUUAUGGGAUAUACAAAGUGCAUAUAGUGAUGUAUUACGGUAG